AUGGCAAACCAACAGUCGCCGACUGGCCCUAUGCCGCCGCAUCAGCAUCAUUAUGCUCCAGCUGUACGACCACCGCCGAACGGGUCAAUGCCCGUACAACAACCGCAACAGUUCAAGCCUGCAGCACAGCACCUUGCGGCUGUGAACGAGCAGACAUGGCUCCAGCUCGGGCAGCUGUCGGAACUGAUGGGCGAGCUAGAUGGCGCGACUCAAUGCUACGAAAGGGCCAUGAGCUUCAACCAGUGGUCGGUGCCUGCUAUGCUCUCGAUCUCGUGCAUUCUCCGAUCGAAAGAUCAGUUCACCGCUGCCGUCGAGUAUCUCAGGCAAAUCAUCAAGAUCGACCCUACCAAUGGCGAAGUCUGGAGCAGUCUCGGUCACUGCUAUCUGAUGAUGGACGAUCUGCAGCAGGCAUAUUCCGCAUACCAACAAGCGUUGUAUCAUUUGCCUGACCCGAAAGAGCCGAAGCUGUGGUAUGGCAUUGGUAUCCUCUACGAUAGAUACGGCUCCUUGGAGCACGCCGAAGAGGCAUUCUCUCAAGUCAUGCGCAUGGACCCAAACUUCGAGAAGGCAAACGAGAUCUACUUCAGACUUGGCAUAAUCUACAAGCAGCAACAGAAGUUCCAGCAGAGUCUUGAGUGCUUCCGAUAUAUUGUGUCAGACCCACCGAGACCGUUAAGUGAAGAGGAUAUCUGGUUCCAGAUCGGCCACGUUCACGAACAACAGAAAGACUAUGACAACGCGAAGUCGGCUUACACACGCGUGCUUGAGCGCGACCCGAACCACGCCAAAGUCCUACAACAACUUGGGUGGUUACACCAUCAACAGAGCACCAGUUUCAGCAGCCAAGAGAAGGCCAUUGAGUAUCUUGAGAAGUCUGUGGCUUCAGACCAGACCGACGCACAAAGCUGGUACUUGCUCGGCAGAUGCUACAUGUCACAACAGAAGUAUCCUAAAGCGUACGAAGCUUACCAACAAGCUGUAUAUCGGGACGGACGCAACCCGACUUUCUGGUGCUCUAUCGGAGUGCUCUACUACCAGAUCAACCAAUACAGAGACGCGCUCGACGCAUACAGCCGUGCCAUCCGCCUCAAUCCGAACAUCUCGGAGGUGUGGUAUGACCUCGGCACCCUUUACGAAUCCUGCAACAAUCAAACUAGUGACGCGCUUGAUGCGUACACGAGAGCCGCCGACCUCGAUCCGUCUAACGUGCACAUCAAGGCGCGCCUCGCACUUCUCAAGGGCCAGCCAACAGCAGGUCUGCCGAAUCAAGGUGGUGCACCACUCCCACAGGAUGUCCAUCCACAAGCUUAUCAGCCUGGAGCGCUUGGUGGACCGCCUGGCCCGCAGUGGGGUGCACACUCUCAAAACCCACCACCUCCCGGACCUGCUCCAGGGCCUAUGACCGUCGGCAACAACUGGGGCGCGAAUCGUCCGGCAGAGCUUCAGAAUCCACAGGUACCGCCACAGGCCAUGAAUCCAUAUGACCAACGCGAUCGCUUGCCACCACAGCAGCAGCAGCCUCCGCCCUCACAGAGACAGCCUAGCCCACCACGUCAGGAGCUACCACGAUACCAAGAGCAGCCUCAGCGCCCACCACCGCCAGCACACCGCGGUCUCUCACCUUCACCCAAAGGUCAGCAUUCUGCGCCCGCACCUUAUCAGCCUGGUCCUCCUCAUCAGGGCAUGCCUCAGCACCAGAUGUUCGGCCAGCCACCACAUCUUCAGCAAGACCAAGGUCGUCCGCAGUACGGAGCACCGACCAGUGCUGCUGGAGCACCGAACGGCAUGCCAACCUCAGCUGCGCAUACGCCGCUGCCACCUUACGCGCGCCAGCCAGAGCCAAUGUCACAUCCGGAGAUUCGACCCCUUGUGAAUAGCGGUGGCCCGGCGGAGAAUGGCCAAUAUCCACGAACGCCAUUCGAACAUCACCCUAACGCCGCGCCAGGUAUCGCAAGCGGAGCUCCAGCGCCGUCAGCGGCCCAGACUGCCGCCGACGCUGCUGCUCGCGUCAGGGAUGAGCGACCAUCUAGCACAGCUCCGAGCAAGCGCCCACGCGAGGUGUGGGAGGACGAGCCAAAUGGUGCUGCCCCGAAGAAGCCUUCUACGGACGAUCAGCGCUCGCGUCUCGAAGAGAUCAAGAUGCAUCGCCCUUCACCGCCAGAGAAGAUGGCAACGCCACCAAAUCGCAGUCCACCUGAUAUGCGACAGCGCAUGGAGGAGCCACGUCCACUUUCUGCCUACCACCCUUCAGAGGCGGCACAUCAUCCACCAUCCCUGCCGUCGAUGCACACGAUUACGCAGCCAUCACCUCGUGCAUCAGCUCCACCACAGGAAGAGCACCGUGCACCGCCGCCACCGCCUCCACAACCCGCGCAGGUGUAUGAGCCACCAGCCCGCAAGAUGGAUGUCGAUGAGAAUUAUGACGACGGUGCAGAUGAUAAGUCAGCGAAGCAUGAAAGCCAGAGGAACAGCCCAAAGCCUGUUAAUGGCUCUGUAGCCCCUGUCGCUGUCGAGGGUCAGGCAUAG